AGCUGCAGGGCAGUGUAGACUGCGUUAGGACGACGAAAUACGAUAAUUACGCAAUUAUCUAUGAUACAAAGACGGCUAUGUAGCUAGCUAAGAAGAAAUUGCUAAGAUUAGACAAAUCAAACCGUUGUACUAUAAUGUAAUGUAAUGAAAUGUAAUACUACCUGCGGACCGAGUGCAGAUGCGACCGCUCGCUCCAACCCGGAAGUGGGUUGGAUGCGACCAUGCUCUCGAUGGUGCAGCUGUAGAACCUUUUGAGGAUCCAUGCAAAAUCUUUUCAGUCUCCUGAGGUUGAAUAGGUUUUGUUGUGCCCUCUUCACGACUGUCUUGGUGUGUUUGGACCAUGUUAGUUUGUUGGUGAUGUGGACACCAAGGAACUUGAAGCUCUCAACCUACUCCACUGCAGCCCUGUCGAUGAGAAUGGGAUUGUGCUCUGUCCUCUGGGGGCGGCCCAUCAGGAAGUCCAGGAUCCAGUUGCAGAGGGAGGCGUUUAGUCCCAGGGUCCUUAGCUUAGCUAUGUGGGCACUAUGGUGUUGAAUGCUGAGCUGUAGUCAAUGAACAGCAUUCUCACAUAGGUAUUCAUUUUGUCCAGGUGGGAAAGGGCAGUGUGGAGUGCAAUAGAGAGAGCAUCAUCUGUUGGGGAGGUAUGUAAAUUGUAAUGGGUCUUAGGGUAGAGGUCGACCGAUUAUGAUUUUUCAACGCCGAUACCGAUUUUUGGAGGACAAAAAAAGCCGAUACCGAUUAAUCGGCCAAUUUUUAAAAUGUAUUUGUAAUAAUGACAAUUACAACAAUACUGAAUGAACACUUAUUUUAACUUAAUAUAAUACAUCACUAAAAUAAAUGUAGCCUCAAAUAAUGAAACAUGUUCAAUUUGGUUUAAAUAAUACAAAAACAAAGAGUUGGACAAGAUAGUAAAAGUGCAAUAUGUGCUAUGUAAGAAAGCUAACGUUUCAGUUCCUUGCUCAGAACACGAGAACAAAUGAAAGCUGGUGGUUCCUUUUAACAUGAGUCUUCAAUAUUCCCAGGUAAGAAGUUUUAGGUUGUAGUUAUUAUAGGACUAUUUCCCUCUAUAACAUUUGUAUUUCAUAUACCUUUGACUAUUGGAUGUUCUUAUAGGCACUUUAGUAUUGCCAGUGUAACAGUAUAGCUUCCGUACCUCUCCUCGCUCCUACCUGGGCUCGAACCAGGAACAAAACAACAGCAACCCUCGAAGCAGCGUUACCCAAGCAGAGCAAGGGGAACAACUACUCCAAGUCUCAAAGCAAGUGACGUUUGAAACGCUAUUAGCGCGCACCCCGCUAACUAGCUAGCCAUUUCACAUCACAUUGUUACACCAGCCUAAUCUCAGGAGUUGAUAGGCUUGAAGUCAUAAACCGCAGAGCUGCUGGUAAAACACAUGAAAGUGUUGUUUGAAUGAAUGAUUAUGAUCCUGCUGGUGCCUACCAUCGCUCAGUCAGACUGCUCUAUCAAAUCAUAGACUUAAUUAUAACAUAAUAACACACAGAAAUGCGAGCCUAAGGUCAUUAAUAUGGUCGAAUCCGGAAACUCAUCUCGAAAACAAGACGUUUAUUCUUUCAGUGAAAUACGGAACCGUUCCAUAUUUUAUCUAACGGGUGGCAUCCAUCAGUCUAAAUAUUCCUGUUACAUUGCACAACCUUCAAUGUUAUGUCAUAAUUACGUAAACUUCUGGCAAAUUAGUUCGCAAUGAGCCAGUCGGCCCAAACUGUUGCAUAUACCCUGACUCUGCGUGCAAUGAACGCAAGAGAAGUGACACAAUUUCACCUGGUUAAUAUUGCCUGCUAACCUGGAUUUCUUUUAGCUAAAUAUGCAGGUUUAAAAAUAUAUAUACUUCUGUGUAUUGAUUUUAGGAAAGGCAUUGGUGUUUAUGGUUAGGUACACGUUGGAGCAACGACAGUCCUUUUUCGUGAAUGCACACGGCAUCGAUUAUAUGCAACGCAGGACACGCUAGAUAAACUAGUAAUAUCAUCAACCAUGUGUAGUUAUAACUAGUGAUUAUGAUUGAUUAAGUUUAAUGCUAGCUAGCAACUUACCUUGGCUUCUUACUGCAUUCGCGUAACAGGCGGGCUCCUCGUGAGGCAGGUGGUUAGAGCGUUGGACUAGUUAACCAUAAGGUUGCAAGAUUGAAUCCCUGAGCUGACAAGAUAAAAAUCUGUCGUUCUGCCCCUGAACAAGGCAGUUAACCCACUGUUCCUAGGCCAUCAUUGAAAAUAAGAAUGUGUUCUUAACUGACUUGCCUAGUUAAAUAAAGAUUAAAUAAAGGUGUAAAAAAAAAAAAUUGGCGUCCAAAAUUACUGAUUUCCGAUUGUUAUGAAAACUUGAAAUCAGCCCUAAUUAAUCGGCCAUUCCGAUUAAUCGGUCGACCUCUAGUCUAGGGUUUCUGGGAUAAUGGUGUUGAUUUGAGCCAUUACCAUCCUUUCAAAGCACUUCAUGGCUACAGACGUGAGUGCUACGGGUUGGUAGUCAUUUGGGCAGGUUACCUUAGUGUUCUUGGGCACAGGCACCAUGGUGGUCUGCUUAAAACAUGUUGGUAUUACAGACACGGACAGGGAGAGGUUGAAAAUGUCAGUGAAGACACUUGCUAGUUGGUCAGCGCAUGCUAGCAAUACACGUCCUGGUAAUCCGUCUGGCCCCGCGGCCUUGUGAAUUUUGACCUCUUUAAAGGUAUUACAUUGGCUGCGGAGAGUGUGAUCACACAAUCUUCCGGCACAGCUGGUGCUCUCAUGCAUGUUUCAGUGUUAUUUGCCUCGAAGCGAGCAUAGAAGUAGUUUAGCUCGUCUGGUAGGCUUGUGUCACUGGGCAGUUCUCGGCUGUGCUUCUCUUUGUAGUCUGUAAUCCUUUGCAAGCCUUGCCACAUCCGACGAGCGUCAGAGCAUGCGUGGUACGAUUCGAUCUUAGUCUACCCGUCAAACUGUCUAUCCUGCCCUCUAUCCAUAGUGACAAUAGUGGUACUUGGAUCAUUUGUCCAGAUCUGCAAUAGGUUAACUGACAAUCAUACCACACAUAAAACAGUUCAAAUCUGCACCAAUUUUCUAUAUAAAUCCACAAGAUAAAGGAGUAGCUGAUAGGCAGCAGGGAGGCCAGGUGCGUCAUGGCGCAUAAAAGAGCAGUGAAGACAUGCAGCUCAAAUCUGCCCUAUUGAUCUUGUUGAUGGAUAAUAAAAUGAUCCUACCUAGACUAUCCUACAACGCCAUAAUCAAUGAAUAAUUGCAUUAUUGUUUUCAAAUAAGUACAGUUCUACUGUAGGCCGUAAACUGCAGUGAAAAUGUUUGUUGAGUAAUGGCGCAAAAGCCCUGUAUUUUGAAUGUUUCAUUCCAUUUUGGUCAGUUGUGGGUCUACUCUGAUUACAGAAAGGCACAGUAGCAGGCAAGUCUGGCUGUAUUUUUACUUCUGAUACUGAUGCGCUGUCUGUUGCCGAUCAUCAUUCUCCCAAGUCGUCACAUAGGCCUAUGCCGCUGUGUUCUUGGGGACCUUCAAUGCUGCAGAAUUGUUUCGGUACCCUUCCCCAGAUCUGUGCCUGUGUCGGAGCUCUACGGACAAUUCCUUCGACCUCGUGGUUUGGUUUUUGCUCUGACAUGCACUGUCAAUUGUGGGACCUUAUAUAUAUAUAUAUAUAUAUACAGGUGUGUGCCUUUCCAAAAUCAUGUCCAAUCAAUGGAAUUUACCACAGGUGGACUCCAAUCAAGUUGUAGGAACAUCUCAAGGAUGAUCAAUGGAAACAGGAUGUGCCUGAGAUCAAUUUCACAUCUCUUAGCAAAAGAAAGGAUUGACAAGAAUCUAGAAUGUCACAUAGAACAUUUGAGGACGUGAAGGACGUCAUUCUAUCAGCCCACAAAAACACAGAGGCCGGGGACAAAGUCGGCUUCUACAACACCUGGGCAGAGAACUAUGACCAGGACGUGGGUCUUCUGGACUAUCGUGCGCCGAGUCUGGCGGCAAACUGCCUGUCCCCCUGUUUCCAUGGCGACCGGGUGACAGCAGUGAUUCUGGACGUGGCCUGUGGCACUGGAUUGGUUGCAGCACAGCUGAAGAGGAUGGGCUUCAGGCAUUUUGUGGGCGUUGAUGGGAGCAAAGGCAUGUUGGAACUGGCCAAUAAGACGGGCCUCUACCAGGACCUCAAGCAAUGCAUGCUGGGAGACGAACCACUUCCUGUCCAAGCUGGGCAGUUUGAUGUGGUAGUGAUUGUUGGGGCGCUAAGUGCCGGCCAGGUGCCAGUGAGAGUCAUCAGAGAGCUGUGCCAGGCCACCAAACCAGGUGGUUACGUCUGCAUGACAACCAGAGGUAACCAUGACAACCUGGAGUACAAGGCAGCGCUGGAGCAUGAGCUGGAGCUGAUGGAGGGGGCGGGGCUCUGGGGUCACGUGGCGAUCACAGAGGUGGAGGACUGGGAGAAAGCCGUAGCGGAGCCGGAGAAGGGGUACAUACCUGGAGUGGUGUAUGUUUACAGGAAGUCAUCACAGUGACAUUAUCAAUAAAGCAUAUUGUAUCGUAUCACAUUGACCUCAUCACAGUAACAGACCUGUAACAACCCUGUACAGUAACACCUGUACAGUAACACACCUGUACAGGCCAUAACAGUGACAUCACAGUAACACCCCUGUAUAGUAACACACCUGUACAGUCUGUGACAGUGGCGCCCUACAUUGGCAUUGAGCGGCCAUCUUUGAAGGCAGCUACUAUUCCAAAGAUAAAGAUGCCUAGAAAAUGCUUAUCCAAUAGAAAUCCCCUCAAACACGCUUGUAGACAAUGUUAUGGCGACGUUAGCUAGUGAAGAUCAUCCACAGAAAAAUGAAAUCAGGUCUAAUGUUCGUGUUGCUCCGAACUGCGCCAUUUUAGCUAGUGGCCAUUACAGAAUGUCUAUAUACCAAAUAUUGAAUGAAUCUGAGUUGCGGUUCAUGAGAAGAAGAAUUUUAAAGUAAUUUAGCAUUAGCUUUGUGCUAGCCCUUUUUUGUCAAACUUCAACGACCUGUGUUGUCUUUGGAGAUAUCAACAACAAACUUAUUUAAUUAUGAUCAAUCAUGUACGAGUUGUAUUUGAUAGUUUGACUGAUAUAGCAAAAUAGCCUGGAUUUAUAGGCAUCAAGGUUUGUGAGAAGUUGUCGUCAGACAAGCCAGUUGUAGCUUCAGAAUUUGUAGUAGAGUCUUCAUCAGACAAGCCAGUUGUAGCUUCAGAAGUUGUAGUAGAGUCUUCGUCAGACAAGCCAGCUGUAGCUUCAGAAGUUGUAGUAGUCUUCGUCAGACAAGCCAGCUGUAGCUUCAGAAGUUGUAGUAGAGUCUUCGUCAGACAAGCCAGCUGUAGCUUCAGAAGUUGUAGUAGUCUUCGUCAGACAAGCCAGCUGUAGCUUCAGAAGUUGUAGUAGAGUCUUCGUCAGACAAGCCAGCUGUAGCUUCAGAAGUUGUAGUAGAGUCUUCGUCAGACAAGCCAGCUGUAGCUUCAGAAGUUGUAGUAGUCUUCGUCAGACAAGCCAGCUGUAGCUUCAGAAGUUGUAGUAGAGUCUUCGUCAGACAAGCCAGCUGUAGCUUCAGAAGUUGUAGUAGAGUCUUCGUCAGACAAGCCAGCUGUAGCUUCAGGAGUUGUAGUAGAGUCUUCGUCAGACAAGCCAGCUGUAGCUUCAGAAGUUGUAGUAGAGUCUUCGUCAGACAAGCCAGCUGUAGCUUCAGGAGUUGUAGUAGAGUCUUCGUCAGACAAGCCAGCUGUAGCUUCAGAAGUUGCUCAAGUAAAAUUGCAUGAGUAAUGCAGAGUAAUUCUGGAGGUGGACACGGUGACAUGUAGAUGCAAGUCAGACAAUUUUGUAUCCCCAAAAUGCAACAUACAUUGAAAGUUGGUGAUCAAUGGAAUCGGGGUAAGAGCAUUUCUUUUGUAUCGUUGUUGAUAAUGUUUCUUGAACUAUUGGUAAUCGUAUACUGUCUGUUUUUUUCCAUUUUUUUUUUUCAUAAGGUAGUAAUUUAUGAGCCUUGAGCUGUUGUAAUCAUCAUGUAUGUCAAUUGUCUUUAUUGGUGUUUAAACUCAACCAAAUAAAAUCAAAUGUUUUUAUAAA